ACCAUUUAAAAACGAUGAUCAAUAAUUAUUAUUAUUAGUUCUAACAAGCGCACAAGAAUAGAUAAUAUUCAACUAAUAAAGCAAUCAUUCGUUGUAAUUCACUGGUCAUUGUUUUAUAAAAUAAUUAACCGACUAGCCUUCGGUCCUAAUGACAAGAGCCAUAGAUAAUGCAACAUGAACGAACGAAAAUACGUAGAAGAACAAGGCCAAGGAAUUCACGAAAUGUCACGUGCAUGACGAAUACUUUAUUUUUAUCGCACUAUUCGCUUCGCAAUACGCGCUUAUGGUCCGAUUGGAAUAGACAGGGGCAGCACUAAUUACACUAACCGAUCAGGUAUCAAUCAUCAGGUUGUUUUUUGAAGUAUUAAUGUUUAGGAACAAACUGGGAUGUUUUCUCGUGAGCGUCAUAAAAGUGAUUCACCGGAAGUUGAUGAUUCGAUUGACUUGGAUGACUUGUUGCCUAAGAUCGGCGAAUUUGGUAUCUAUCAGAAGCUCCUCCUUUGGCUCGUGUGCCUGCCGGCGUGCCUGCCUUGCGGAUUUUGUGCGUUCAACCAAUUAUUUAUGACAGAUGUGCCUGACCAUUGGUGUAAAGUGCCCGAACUGCAAAUGCUAAAUAUAACACAAUACGAACGUAAACUGUUAUCGAUCCCAACAAAGGUGAGGUCUUAUUAUUUGAAUUAUAACUACUGUUUUGAGAAAUGCUUUAGAUAUGCAAUGGAUUGGUCUGACAUAAGGAGUGUAUCAGAAAUUCAAUUAAAUAAAAACUUAACCGUGGAACCUUGCUAUGAUGGAUAUGAGUUUAAUAUAACAGAAGUAUCCUCAUCUAUAGUAAUAGACUUUAAUUUAGUAUGCGAGUAUGAUGUCUACCCUACACUUGGAUUGGUCGCUUUAAAUGUUGGAGGACCCAUUGGCGUUUAUUCUUUUGGUUAUUUAAAUGACCGGAUAGGUCGAAAGAAGUCCUUUUUUAUCUGCUUAACUACACUGCUUAUCGGAAGUAUAAUGACAUCAUACGCUCACGAAUAUUGGCUUUGGGUACUCGCCAGAGCUAUCGUUGGCUUAACUAUUCCAGCUGUUUACCAAAUUCCUUUUAUAAUAUCCUUAGAACUUGCCGGACCCAAUUAUCGAUCUUUCGUGACAGUCAUGACAUGUAUAUUUUAUACGUUGGGCUUGAUAUUAUUAUCAGUAGUGACCUAUCUUCUACGAGAUUGGAGAUCUCUGGCAUUAGCUACUUCAGUUCCCUUUACUGUUUAUUACUUAUAUUGGUUUGUUUUACCUGAAUCGCCACGAUGGCUUUUAAUGCGAGGACGACUAGAAGAAGCUAACGAUAUUCUACAAACUAUAGCAAGAGUCAACAAAAAGGAAUUACCCGAUGAAUAUAUGAUUAAACUGCAAAAGUUAAUUUUAGAAUUAAAAGAGGAUACACAACAAAAAAACAAACAGCAAGAAAGUGUGUUUACUCUAUGUCGUACACCAAAUAUGCGACUCAAGACGUUUUUGAUCACAUUAAAUUGGUGCGCAUCUGAAAUGGUAUACGUUGGCCUAAGUUACUACGGCCCGGCUAUUGGCGACAAUCAGUAUAUGAGUUUCUUUCUGUCGUCCGCCGUUGAAAUACCGAGCUACCUUAUAUGUUGGAUGCUCAUGGAUCGUAUUGGCCGAAGAUGGCCUCUAUGUUUAUCGAUGGUUAUUAGCGGCAUUUUUUGUAUCGUAACCGUUUUACUACCGAAAGAUGCCAUCACAGAAACGCUCAUACUUUACCUUAUUUCGAAAUUAUUUAUCUCAGCAUCUUUCUUAAUAAUAUAUCCUUACGCUGGUGAGCUCUAUCCUACGGCAUUACGAGGAGUGGGAAUAGGUACUUCAGCGUAUAUUGGUGGCUUGGGUUUGAUCAUAAUCCCAUUUAUUAAUUAUCUGGGUUCCAACAACUUAGUUCUACCUCUUGUAGUCAUGGGAGCAGUAUCAGUUGUCGGGGGUUUGAGCGCCCUUCGACUGCCGGAAACACUACAUUGUCCGCUACCACAAACAGCCGAGGAAGGAGAAGAGUUCGGCAAGGACUGGACGUACAAAGAUUGUUUUACAUGUGGAGCAAAAACAGAAGCAACAACUAACGAUUCUUAUGAAAAUCUGGACCAGUUAGAACUAACACAAGCACCACUCGUAGAAGUUGACGAAGCAGCAGGAAUUGCACCCAAACGACGUAGCUCUAUGCGGAAGUUGCUCCGACAAACCAGCGUCGUUGAAACCCAACGGGAUGUAGACGGAAACAUUAAAAUGACCUAUUGGUUUUAGUUUAGCUAGAGUUUAUCUAUACACGUACUCGAUGAAAGAAAUUAUUAAAAAAGAAUGAAAAAAGUCAA